CAGACAGACACUCAUCAGGAAGUCAGAAUGGAGCACUCCUGGUUCUGUUUGCUACUCUUUCUGACGACCUUCAUCUACUGUGGUCACUCUGAAGAUGAUGCUCUGCCCUCAGCUACUCUGACAGUAGAUCCAAACCCUGUGUUCAUUGGAGAGACAGUUACUCUGACCUGUUCAGUGAACUCUGAGGGUAACUGGAGAUAUACAUGGGACAAAGACAGGCCUAGUAAUACAGUAACCCCGUCUGGCAGACACUCUAUAACAGGAGGCACCCUCAUCAUCAGUAGAGUUGAAAUGUCUGACCAGGGUUCCUACUGGUGUCUGGGAGAGAGAAAAUACACAUCCACAUCUACAUCCACCAGUAAUCAGGUCACUAUAUCUGUAAAAGCUCUGCCCAAAGCUACUCUGACAGUAGAUCCAAACCCUGUGUUCACUGGAGAGAAAGUUACACUGACCUGUUCAGUGGAGUCUGUCAGAUACUGGCGAAGAUAUGUGUGGUACAAAGACAACACAUUCUAUCCAAAUAGACUUUCUCAGUAUAAUAGAGCCACCCUGACUAUUAAUAGUGUUAAAGAGUCUGACAAAGGUCUCUACUAUUGUCAGGGAAUCAGUAACUCAAGACCCACAUCUUCAUCCAUCAGUAACUAUGUCACUUUAAGUGUUUAUGGUGAGUUUGAUUUGUUUGAUGUUAGAUUCAUUGAGUCAAUCAUGGUCUGUAUUUCAAUGGCGUAUUUCAAUUGUCCGUUUGAUCCUGUUUACUGUUCUCUGCCCAAAGUUACUCUGACAGUAGAUCCAAACCCUGUGUUCACUGGAGAGAAAGUUACUCUGACCUGUUCAGUUGGAUCUUACAGUGUCUGGACUAGAUAUGACUGGUACAAAUACAACACAUUCAAACAAAAUAGACUUCCUCAGUAUAGUGGAACCACCCUGACUAUUAAUAGUGUUAAAGAGUCUGACCAGGGUCUCUACUGGUGUCGGGGAUUCAGUAACUCAAGACCCAGAUCUUCAUCCACCAGUAAUCAGGUCACUAUAACUGUGAAUGCACUGCCUAAUUCUACCCUGAGUAUAGAACCAACCUCUCCGUACACUGGAGAGAACGUUACUCUGACCUGUUCUGCUGGAUCUGACAGUGACUGGAGAUAUAAAUGGUAUAAAGACAGGAGUAUUAUUGCAGUAAAUCAGUCUGACAGACACUCUACAACAGGAGACACCCUCAUCAUCAGUAGAGUUGAAGAGUCUGACCAGGGUCUCUACUGGUGUCAGGGAGAGAGAAAAAACACACCCACAUCUACAUCCAUCAGUAAUCAGGUCAAUAUAACUGUGAAGGCUCAACCCAAAUCUAUGCUGGCUCUGACUGUGAAUGGAGAUAAAGUCCAUUCAGACAAAGAGGACGUAUUAACAGGUGACAGAGUGACACUGACCUGCACUGUAGAGUCCUCUGGGUGGAGGUUUUACUGGUACAGAGACAGAACAGACUCUCCACCAGUAUCCACCACUGAAUCCACCUACACAUUUAACCCUGUCAGUGUCUCUGAUGGAGGACAGUACUGGUGUAGAGGAGGGAGAGGAGAACCUCCCUACUACACCCUGAACAGUGACCCAGUCAGGAUUACAGUUACUGAGAGACCAGUAGCUGUUCUGACCAUCCAACCCAACUGGACCCAGAUAUUCAUUGGAGAGACGGUCACUCUCAGAUGUGUCCUACUGGGGGGAGGAGACACUGACUGGCAGUAUGAGUGGUUUCACUAUCAGAACAUUAUUCAGACAGAACCUGAGUACAGAAUCAGUCCUGUCAGAACAUCCCACAAUGGGUCAUAUAGAUGUAGGGGUGUAAAGGGAAGAAAGACCUCCAAUCACAGUGAUGUUGUACAACUGACUGUAUCUGCUCUGCCCAUAGCUACUCUGACAGUAGAUCCAAACAUUGUGUUCCCUGGAGAGAAAGUUACUCUGACCUGUUCAGUGGAGUCUGACAGGGACUGGACUGAAUAUGAGUGGUACAAAGACAACAAAAUCAACCGUCAGGAAUAG